AUGGCAUCGAGUUACGAUGGCCGAAGAACAUUCAUCCGGUCUGUGGUCGAUUAUCUGCGGAACUAUGGCUUGGACGGUGUUGACAUCGACUGGGAGUACCCUGGUGCUCUCGACCGAGGUGGUCGUCCCCAAGAUGUCAACUCUUAUGUGCAACUGCUAGCAGAAUUGAGAGAUGCCUUCGAAGACGAAGGCUCCGGAUGGGAAAUAUCAAUCGCAAUCCCCAGCAGCUACUGGUAUCUUCGAGGGUUCAAUCUGGAAAAUCUCCAGCGACAAGUCGACUAUUUGAAUCUCAUGUCGUACGACAUUUUCGGCAUGUGGGAUCAAGACAAUGAGUGGACUGGUCCUUACCUCAGAGGCCACACAGACUGGGACAUGAUCGAAAACGGCCUCGACCUGCUCUGGCGCAACGGCAUUCAGCCUGAGAAUGUCGUCAUGGGGUUUGGCUUUUACGGCCGAUCCUUCACGAUGUCGGACCCCAGUUGCUUCCGACCUGACGGUGUCUGUCGCUUCAGAACUGGAGGCAUGCCUGGCUCCUGCUCUGAUACGGCUGGCGUCUUGACCUACCAGGAGAUUGCCAGUCGUAACAGCAGCCUCGAUGUUCAGACAUUUUACGACCCAGACACAACGGUCCUGUAUAACGUGUUCGAAGGAAGCCAGUGGGUGUCGUACGACAAUGCUGUUUCCUUCAAGGCCAAGCUCGAACGUCUUUCCAGCAGAUGUCUCAGCGGUCUCAUGAUCUGGGCCAUUGAUCAAGACACGUCCAACUUCACCGCCAUGGGCGAGCUAUUUGGAGACUAUUCGCACCUGCAGCUUGAAGGUCUCGAUCAUGACUCCGCCGACCGGUUAUCCGAUCUUUUUGGCCAGUUUACUGGCCAAGACUGUUUCGUUACGGAGAAGUGUACCGACGGAACCUCGGGCGAGCGUGGAGCUGGUCAAGUCUGCCCUGCUGGGACCAUGUCCGUCGAGACCGCCCACAACCCCUUGCAAAGACACCCCAUGCCCCUUUCCGGUGGAACAUGCAAGAAGGGCUGGUACCGCCAUAUUUGCUGUCCGAAAAGCUCGAUGCCGCAAGACUGUGAAUGGAACGGCGAACCAGAGCGUAACGUGUUUGGGUGCAGCGGGAAAUGCGGCCCGGGCACGUUCGAGCUUAACACCGACACAGCCAUGGAGCCCAAAGGGAACAAGCAAUGUUACUCUGGAAAGAGGUCCUUGUGUUGCCGUAGUACCAAGGUCAUUGAUGAUUGUAUCUGGAGCGGCUGUCAAGGACCUCUUUCCCCUAGCCAGAACCCUGAGUGCCCCGACGGCUACGACUACCAGACGUACCGCUACAACAAGCCAGAAGGUGUCGGUCUCUGUCGAGAGGAGUAUGUGUCACCCGUUUCAGGAAAGAAGGGUAGUCCUCUGAUGGAGCCUUUCAAGAGCGCAUUGUGCUGUCCCAAAGGUCGCAGCUACAGCAACUGCAACUGGGCCAACGACCCGCAAUCCUCUUCUGAUUUAGAGUACGGCAAUCCAGAACUUUACUGUCUGCCCCAACCUUGCAAGCAGACGCAGGUGGAAAUUGCAGAUGGCCUCAACCCCCCGCGUGCGAACGCCUACAGUGGUGGUCGUUUCGAGAUGUCGUGUGAUGGUGUAUCCUUACCGCCAAAUUACGAUCCGUUUUUCGGUUUCUGUUGCGACCCGCCGUCUACUUGGAAUAAAGACUGGCCUGUCGACCCUGACCGACUUUACGAGCUGAGUUUCAACGACCCUGAAACCGACAAAGCAAUUUGGCAGUACGACACCCAAUACGAAAGCAACGACCGAGACCCUAUUCGCGCUGAUGGGACUGUUCCCGACGGCUCGGACGCUUACGGAUUUAUGAUGCUCAACGGCGAAGAAGAGGCCAUAGAUGACAACUUCCAGAAGUCGUACACAGUCGUCCGGCGCACAGUCUCGGUCCCCCGUGUAAAGCGAGACAUCUUGACCAAGAACCAGACGGUACUUGAGCGGGUUUUUGAGCACGUUGAAGAGACCUUCCAAGUUUACUGCAACUUUCCUCCCGGAGCCGAGGAGUGCGAGGCCGUCUGGAGUGGCGGCGCCGAGGAUACCAUCAUUCGCCUGCCAGACCACGUCGGCGAAGGACCAUUUGCGCGCGUCAUCUCGAUGAUGCCCGUGGGUAACGACUACCAGUUGCCCAAGCAUCAUCUCCAGCAUCGCUCUUUGGACGGGAUUCAUGAUAACCCCGUCUACGAAGUCAAGGUCGACUACAACUUCCACCUCGCUCGUCAAGAUCGCGGCCCCGUCCAGAUUCGUGUCGACUUUACUAAUCUGCUGGGGUACUGGUCUGAGUUGACAGACUCGGAAGCAGACGGAAACACCGCGAGACGUGCAAAGAGAAACAUCCCUGACGAUGGAUUCACGAUGCGCCACUUCCGUGACCGCGUCGCCAAGGCCGAAGAAUUGGAGAAGCGUCUUCCCAAACGCUCAGGAGAUACAAUUCUGACCACGGUGCCCCUCGAGGCCGAGCCGGCCGACCCGAAGCCGGACAACUGCCUUGUGUCGCGAGAAAGCAACAUCGCCAAACGCUGGUGGGGAACUUUCACGCGCUGGCUGGCGAAGCUGACCACGGUGACGCGGUCUGAAGUCGGCGAUCUUCCUAUGGGCUGGGCCGACAAGAUCAACUUGUUCAAGGCGUCGUGGGGAUGCCCUGGCAAGACCUGGUCGGCGAACCUGCGCAUGGACCUGGAGGCUGAGAUCACUAUGCAGUCCACAUAUGCCUACUACUACUCCGGCACGUUCAUUCCGCCCACAAAACCAGACGUGUUCUUCUUCUUCGGCAUUCAGCCAGAGGCCUACGUCGGUCUCAAGAUGGUUGGAAACGCAGAGCUCCGCUAUACUACCAACAAGAAGAAGAUUGUCGACACUCUUGGAUACCCCGGGCUGGCUGUUAAGGGAAUUGCUGCGAUUGGUCCCACGCUCGAUAUAUAUGGCCAAAUCAACGGAUACGUCAAUAUUCACGGAGAGGCGAAAGCGGGUGCGAGAGUCACCUUCGAUAAGUCACGCGUGUUUUGGCCACAGGAUAGCAGUGACGUUGAAAAGUACGACGAAAUUCUGAACCUCGGCCUGACUGAAGAGCCCAAGAAGCCCAAUGGACUCGACGUGACACCAACCUUUGAAGCCGGCGUCCAAGUAAAGGCCGAAAUUGACGUCAUUCUACAACCAGAGGCCAAUGUCGGUAUCCAGAUCGGUGGCGGCUCCUACACUGCUGGCAGGACUCUGAUCAGUGCCCAAAUCACGGCCUUCAUGACCAGUAUCUUGCAAUUCAUCGCGACUGGCACCAUCAGUACCUCCACCGGUCGCUUUGACUACACCUACGGCUCGUACUUUUACUAUCAACUUGGGUUCAAGGCCAAGGCCACCGUUCUCGACUGGGCGAAUUGGGCGCUCAAAGAUCGAUUGGCCUAUUCACCUGACCCAAGGAAGUACACCAUCUACAAGUCCUCGGGCUCAAUAGACCUACAGGGGAAUAGGAAACGCAUGGUCAGGCUGAUAGACCAACCGGACUCUGAAGACGACAUCGGACAGUCUUACGCCAACGACACCCUGGCCGAGACUGCGCUUCUCGACCCCAUGUAUCUUUUUAAGCGACAAGAUGAUGACAGCAUGGACCUGGUCAACUGUGGCGCAUUCCCCCCUCUUCAACUCACCGAUAUUUCGGGUCAAGUCUGGGGAACUAUUCCUCUGUGCCAGGGGUACAAGACGACGACCCUGCCAACCACCUUGACCCAUGCCCCGGCCAUCCUGCCCGAGCACAAGGAAAGAGCCAACCAACGUCGCAAACAGCAAUGCCCGAAUCUGGUCAGCGACCUGGAUUCAUGUCCUUACGAGACAGCCUUCAUGCACUCGGCCAUCGGAUAUUCAGGCUCGUUGAUGAAACUCGAGUGCGACGAGUUUCCUUGGGCGUCGAGCGAGGAGGGUGGUAACUUCCGGGCAACAAACGAACGGAGCCAGGAAUGUGUUCCUAGCGUCCAAAACGGUCUGGGAGGUCAAUGCAUUGGGAUGAUGAACUACAUGACGCAGAACGUCGGCAAGAUGGACCCCGAGACAGAUCCUGACGACCGUGACGACCUGUGGAUAGGCUGGUUUCAAGGGUCCAACACUGAGUUCUGGUACACCCAAAAGACAGUCGACGGCGUUACUCAGGGCUGGAGCAGCUAUGAAGAGAACCAGCCCGUUCCCGUCGGUUAUGACCCCGUGAACUGGAGUGGUCAACCAGCCGACAAGUCUUGGACGUUCAAACGUAAUUACACUUUUAGCGUCAUUGACGACGGCUCCCAGGCCAGCAACUGGUGGGACGCCACCGGGAAGCAGUUUACGACAAACACCGGCUACACGUUCCGCAACCCCAACGGAUAUUCUUCCGUCAUUUGCGCUGUCAACAUCUUUGACCAGGACGAUUACUACCGGAACCCGAGGCAGGGCAAUGCGGCGGAGUUCAACGGUCUCUGCUACAGGGGCGAUUCAUACGCAGCGAAUGGGUGGCCGGGCUCUUACCGGUACUCCCGCUGUAAGGUUGAUUUCGGGGCUGCCGUUACGAAGAGGUCGCAAGGCGACGCGGCAGGCGAAAAGGGCCAGUGGGAAAUCACAGGCGUUACGAUGCUUGAUGACGACUUCGUGGUGGGCGAGGACGUUGACUGGGACUUGUUGGCGAAGCAAGACGCCGGACAGAAGACAGAAGCCUCUGUUUCCGAAGCUGAGACACCUCCAGCUUCCGCGAAAGACAGCCCUAGCGACUCUUCCGUCUCACUUGAUCCUCAGGAGUAA